GCCGAGGGCUGGAGAAUUGGUGUGAGGUCAGAAGCUUGCUGUAAGCAUAUCACCCCGCAAAAAAUAAAAAAAUCCAAUAUUCUUACUUGACGCCAUUGCAACCCAAUUUUAAUAUUUUGGUAUUUUUUGUAAAAAUUUUGAAAACCACACUUUUCUUAUAAAUGCUCCUAGGUUCUUCAUGGAACUUGUACCCCGAUAGCUCAAACAUCAAAAAUGGAGAAGUUUAUCCAAAGAGUUAUCUCUAUUUUCAUAACAAUCUUCCUCUUCCUUCAUCUCCUACAAGCAAAACAUUACGAUAUCGAUCGACAACCACCUCGCAAAUUGAUUUUCACUCCCCACAAGCGUUCUGACUCCGACCCUCAACAGGUUCAUAUUUCUCUGGUGGGAAAAGAUCAUAUGAGAGUUUCAUGGAUUACCGAAGCUAAACAUGUGUCAUCAAAUGUAGAAUAUGGGAAAGUACCUGGGAAAUACAACGCAAAGGCCACCGGAGAACACACAUCGUACCAUUAUUUCCUUUAUUCCUCUGGCAUGAUCCACCAUGUUACCAUUGGACCCCUGGAACCCAGCACCACUUACUUUUAUAGGUGUGGAGGUUCAGGCCCUGAGUUCUCUUUCAAAACACCCCCUCCACAGUUUCCCAUUGAAUUUGCAGUGGUUGGAGACUUAGGCCAAACAGAGUGGACAUCAUCAACCUUAUCUCAUGUGGAAAGCAGAGACUACGACGUUUUGCUUUUGCCAGGCGAUCUAUCAUACGCCGAUACUCAGCAACCACUUUGGGACUCGUUCGGACGCCUGGUUGAGCCGUACGCCAGCCAACGCCCUUGGAUGGUUACCGAAGGUAACCACGAGAUCGAGACCUUCCCUAUCAUCUAUCCCCACGGCUUCAAAGCCUACAAUGCCCGAUGGCUAAUGCCUUACGCUGAAAGUGGGUCCACCUCGAACUUGUAUUACUCUUUCGAAGUUGCUGGGACCCACGUCGUCAUGCUAGGCUCCUACACCGAUUUCGAUGCCGAUUCCGAUCAGUACAGGUGGCUGGAAGCCGAUUUGGCCAAGGUUGACAGGAAUAAGACGCCGUGGAUCGUCGUGCUUCUCCACGCGCCGUGGUAUAAUACGAAUACGGCUCAUCAAGGGGAAGGUGAAGAUAUGAGAAAGGCUAUGGAAGAGCUGCUGUACAAGGCUCGGGUCGAUGUGGUUUUUGCUGGUCAUGUUCAUGCCUAUGAACGUUUUACUAGGAUUUUUAAUGAGAAAGCUGAUCCCUGUGGUCCUAUCCAUGUGACAAUUGGUGAUGGUGGGAACCGAGAAGGACUUGCCCUCAUGUUCAAAACCCCUGCUUCUCCUCUGUCGUUGUACCGAGAGCCGACUUUUGGACACGGACGGCUAAGAGUGGUAAACCAAACACACGCAUAUUGGUCAUGGCACCGCAACAACGAUUCCAAUGCAGUGGUGGCGGACGAGGUCUGGUUACAAAGUUUAAGUACCUCCAAAUCAUGCAGAGCAGGUUUUGAUCAUCACACAUCAUCAUUCCUCAACGAUGAACUAUGAGUCCCCAUAAAGUAACAAUAUUCACAAUUUAAGGUGCUCUACCUACCAGGGAUUAGACUUAGAAUGCAGGGUUUCGGUUUGUUGGGUUGUGCAUUUUUUUUCUUUUUUCUUUUGUUUUAGGGAAGGUUGGAAGAUUGGAGUUGAUUCAAGGAUAAGUUCUUUGUAAAUUAAAACUGAGUAGAUAUUUCUUAAGGGAUUCUCUUAUUAUGUCCUGUUUUUUUUUUUUUGGGUCCUGUAACCGAAGCCUCAAGAAACUGACGGCUUAGUGCUUACUCGGUCGAUGUUCUUUUGUCAGACUGUGUAUCCUACAUUCAUAAUUGCAAUUUAGAAAUCAUUUUCAAAUCAGAGUACAGGUUAUAUUUCUACUGAGAAUCUUGUAUCCCAAAAGUUUAAAUGUAGGAGUGAAACUGGUGCUUCUUCACCUUUUAUUUCUUUUAGGACUAUUUGCAAAUUGCGAAUAGAAAACGAUCUAAAAUAAUGGUCUUUUGUGUUUCAAUCUUUUAAAACUAAAGAGGAUAAAAACAAAUAGAAAGAACAUUUGGGCUGUCUGUCUUUUACUUAUUCAAAAGGCGACGAAUCAUUCAUUCUUUUACUUUAAAUAUGAAGGACGGCAUGUCGUAUUCAAGGCCCUAUUUGUCUUAUUCAGACGCUCAACGCUCUUUUGAAAACUCUCCGCGUCAUGUCCAAAAGACUUGAAAAAGUUUUUCGAUUAAAUUGUGGCAAAUGAUAUGGUUCCACCUAUCAAAGUGAAAGUUGGAAAAUUAAAAAUAAAAACUCAGUGUCAGAUAAGACGGCAUUGUUGUGACUUGUGCCCGUGGUGGAACCAAAUAAUUCAAACCCCAAAUAUAUGUAAAAAUAGGAAAAAGAUAGAAGAAUCUACACGGAAUUCCCUGAACCCGAAAUUUCAAUCCCAAACAGAAGUAAAGUCCUUUUUACAAAGCAAAAGCCCACAUCAACAACCU